GUCGUUCUCGUCCCUGGUGUUCGACGUGUGACGGGCAUCGACGUCACGCUACAAAAGAGUCGGUUCGGUGGGUGCGCGAAGCCACACACGUUAUGGCUCAUGGUGUGAGCGAGGUGCUCGGUGAGGGGAACUCGGUGAAAAUGGUGCAUCAAAAGCAGCAGCAACAACAGCAGUCAGUGGUGCAUCAGCAGCAACAGACCAACGCGCGAAAAUCCGUAGGUGUGAUGGGCAGCAGACGCAUAUUCGCGCCGGCCUUUAAGCUCAAGGUUCUCGAUUCCUAUAGGAACGACAUCGACUGUCGUGGUAAUCAACGGGCAACCGCGAGAAAGUACGGGAUUCAUCGACGUCAAAUACAAAAGUGGUUACAGUGCGAGGAUAAUCUGCGAAAUAGUUGUGCCGAAAGUGGAAACACCGGUGUCGUCUCGACGACAGUGAUUUCUUCCGCGGGUGUUUCCAAGCCGGACGGUACCGUGACGGAAGCCACGGGACCUGCCGUGACUCCAGCAGCGCCGGCCUUGAACCUCAGUCUCGCCAGACUGCACGGCGACGAGCUGGCUACACAGCAAGGGCCCCCACCUCUUCUUCCUCGUCCUCCUCAUGGUGGUUCACCCUCUUCGCCCCAAUAUGUGACUCAAUCCACCACGGUCCCCAUGAUGCCUGUACGCGUUGGAUAUCAAGAAUAUAAUGCCAAUCAGGAGCAACAUCAUCUUCGUCGAGAAACAGGGGACAAUCGUGUACAGGUCGCAGAUUCGGUUCACGGCUACUCGGAAACCCACGUUGAACAGGAUCAGCAAUCCAACAGAUAUUACGUUUUAAAUACGGACGUACAACGGGAAAUCGAAAGUUCGGUGCCGUAUGACGGUCGAAACGAAGUGAAGGUAUACCAAAACUUGACGAAUUAUCGUGUGCCUCCUCGCCGGGAACACCGAUACAACGGGAAUGAAGUAAUUGGUGCGACGGUUCAUCAGCAUCGUUCACCGAGUCGUAAUCGAUCUCAGCAAAAUUACGGGGACGUGGAUUCUUCUAUGGACGGGAAAUCGUCGUACGGCUUGUUGUUAGCGCCGUCGAUGAUAAAGACUGAACGAGCGAGCCCAGACUCGGCGGCGACGCCAGGGCCGUGCGAAUCGACGAGUUCUCCCGGUGUCUCCAGGAUCCCACUCUCGCCCGUUUCGCAUCAUGCCAGCAGCAGCAGCAGCAGCAGCAGCAGUUCCACAACGUCCAUUCACUUUGAUUCCCCACGGACGUCCGCAAGUCCAUGCUUGCACGUGCACGAACACGAACACGCACACGCGUCUCCGUUCCCGGAUUCCGAGAAGCCAAUCCAAGAGUCGAAGGAGACAACGGUCCAUAUCGGUGAGAACGUAACGGAGGAGACUACGGAAGAGAUAGAAAUUGGUAGGGCGGUGGUCAAGGAGGAACUGCAUACCGAGGAGGAACAAGAGACGAACAACGAAGGAAUUGAUUAUCAACGGCCAUCUGCUGAUUCGCGUCCGGUAAGCCCUGUACACGACCGAGAAGGUUAUUCUUUGCCUUCGAGCCCUCGUGGGCCAACCAGUUCCGGGAGAUCCAGCAGCAGUUGCUCGGACAGCGAAAUGGAUCCCCUCGACUGUUCUUCCGGUAGCCACAAUUCGUCGAACGAUCUCGCUCGACGACGAUCUUUCUCCCUUCGAUUCAAGCUGGACGUUCUCGAUGCUUUUCACCGAGACAUCGGUGUAGCUGGAAAUCAACGCGCCACCGCGAGAAAAUUCGGCAUAAAUCGUCGCCAGGUACAGAAAUGGCUGGGCCAAGAAACAGAGCUCAGGGGCGAGAUCGCGGUUCGCGGAAACUCGCGGCAACGGCUGGGCCCCAUCCAGGAUGUCGCUUCCGGUGAGUCACCGAUGGAUCUAAGGACGUCGAACUACGUUUCCAGCUUAUCACACGAUCGAAUCGAAACGGAGUACGAACGAUCGCCUCCGCCUCCUUACUGUUGCGACGUGGGUUCCUCCUCCUCGUAUCUUCCGUACUACCACCAUCCGAUCGUCGUAGAUCCAUCUUCCGAAAGCGAACUCGCAAGUUCUUGCAAUCUCUCUUGCUGUAUGGACAGCCACGCAGCAACACCGGUGACUUCGUGUUACCAGGAAGUGUCCUUAAGAGGAUCUUGCUACACGGAGCCGCGGAACAGGGUGUACUGUUAUUCCCCUAGAGAGUAUUCGUCCGAGAUCGCCUCGACCGUUGCCGAGUCGGCGGAAGAAUUUUCUUCGCCCUUAAAGCGACAACAUUGCACCCUCUCCUGUUGCUACGAGGCGUUGCAAUCACCGAAGAGGCUCUGCCUGGAAUCGGAGGAGCCGGUAAGGGCGAGUUCCGCCUGCCAGGAAACACCACCUCAGGAAACGCCCCUUUGCCUGGUGAAACCAAAGAGGCUCGUCGACGUGUCUCCGUUGAGAACGGAACCGGUCACGAGCACAGUGCCAACACCACCGGCAUCCGCCGUGCCUCCACCUGCGGGACCAACCUCCAAGAAGGACGCCAUUCUAUUCAAACCGUACCUGGACAAUCCCGUGAGCAAACCGGCCAAGGAACCUACCGUCCAGAGGGAAUUGUCGCCCGUCAGCAGCCAGAACAUCGUUAACAACAACAACAACUGCCAAAGUAUCUGCAACUUCAACGAAGGCAGGGGUCACGACUAUGCUCUCGAGCUCAGUUUAAAACUGCCGGUAUCCUGGGGAACUCAUCCGAGCCCAUACACCGAGUUCCCACAGGUUAGGAGCGCGUUCAUUAGGUAUCCAGCAAGUCCUCAUUACAGCUAAUUCGCGAAAACAUUUACGACCCUCGACUCGACG